AUGAUUUACUGUUGUGGUCACUUUUUCAGUGACGCAAAGUUCACUUGUCCUUGGCUUCCCUCCAGUGCUGAUUUUACUUUCACCCUUUGCACCUUGAAUAGUUUUCUGUUUUCCCACUCAGCUGUAACAGACAUGCUUUCUCUGUCACUGCGGCAAACCUUACGGCCCCUCCUCCUCAGGGCUUCGGGAUGUUUGGGCCGAGAGGGGCAGGCCAGGGCGGAGCUGUGCAGGCGAGGCCUCAGCAGCGCCGGCGGGUGGACGGGACAGGAGAGUCUGGCCGAGGACGACCCAGAGAUGUGGAGCCUCCUGCAGCAGGAGAAGGACAGGCAGUGUCGGGGACUGGAGCUCAUCGCAUCAGAGAACUUCUGCAGCCGUGCAGCUCUCGAGGCCCAGGGCUCCUGUCUGAACAACAAAUACUCUGAGGGAUACCCAGGGCAAAGGUACUAUGGUGGCACAGAGAUCGUAGACCAGAUUGAGCUGCUCUGUCAGAAGCGAGCGCUCACCACCUUCGGUCUGGACCCAAAUCUGUGGGGCAUCAACGUCCAGCCGUACUCCGGAUCCCCCGCUAACUUUGCAGCCUACACAUCAGUACUGCAGCCUCAUGACCGCAUCAUGGGCCUGGAUCUGCCUGACGGAGGACACCUUACCCACGGCUACAUGACAGACACCAAGAGAAUCUCAGCCACCUCCAUCUACUUUGAAUCGAUGCCUUACAAGCUGGACCCCAAAACAGGUCUGAUAGAUUACGAGCAGCUGGAGAAGACGGCCCGACUCUUCAGACCCAGACUCAUCAUAGCAGGAACCAGCGCCUACGCUCGCCUCAUCGACUACUCUCGUAUGAAGAAGCUGUGUGUGGAGAUUAACGCCUACCUGCUGGCAGACAUGGCUCAUAUCAGUGGCCUGGUGGCAGCAGGAGCUGUUCCUUCUCCUUUUGAGCACGCUGACCUGGUCACCACCACUACCCAUAAGUCCCUGCGUGGAGCAAGGGCCGGUAUGAUCUUCUACAGGAAAGGUGUGCGGUCUCUGGACAAGAAAGGUCGGGAGGUGACCUAUGACCUCCAGGACAGGGUGAACUUUGCCGUGUUCCCAUCACUUCAAGGAGGACCUCACAACCACGCCAUUGGUGGAGUGGCUGUGGCCCUAAAACAGGCCUCUUCUCCCAUGUUCAAACAGUACAUCGCUCAAGUGAUGCUGAAUGCCAAAUCCAUGGCUAACGCUCUGCUGAAGAAAGGCUUCACCCUGGUGUCAGGUGGAACAGACAACCACCUGGUCUUGGUCGACCUUCGACCUCGCGGGAUGGACGGGGCUCGAGCUCAGAGAGUCCUGGAGCUGGUGUCCAUCACUGCCAACAAGAACACAUGCCCAGGAGACAAGAGCGCUCUGACUCCAGGAGGACUCAGGCUCGGAACUCCGGCUCUGACAUCCCGACAGUUCAAGGAGGCAGACUUUGAAAAGGUGGUGGAGUUUAUUGAUGAAGGGAUUCAGAUCGCACUGAAUGUGAAGAAGAAGACUGGAAAUCUGGCCAGCUUCAAUUCAUUCCUGCUGGAGGACUCUGAGACGGUGUCGCGCAUCGCAGAGCUCCGCCAGCGGGUGGAGCUAUUCGCCAGGCCCUUCCCCAUGCCCGGCUUCAAUGACCACUAA